AUGGCAUUUUCUACUUCCUUAUUCGAAUCACAGAAAAAAUCGGUUUGUCAAUUUUGUGAGGAAUCGUCUGAUAUCAAAUGGAAGUGUAUCAACUGUGACUUGUUCUUAUGUCAGCUGUGUCAUUCACGAAUUCAUUCAAAAAGUAAAUCAUCCACUGACCAUACAGUUAUCAAGCUGAGAGACUAUAGAAGAGAAAUCGCCAAAACAGAAACAACUCGCAAAGUUGACUUAACCAGAAUGACUUGUGAACAACACAGUGACGAAAAGUGUUUAUUACACUGUAAAACCUGUGACAAACCAGUGUGUUCUGACUGCUUGGUUGGAGAUCACCAAAAUCAUCAAUACGGUAGACUGGACAUAGUUUAUGAGAGAAAGCUCCAAGUCAUUAGGGAUGUUAAAUGCAAAAUUGAAUCAGAAAUUCAUUUGUUUAAGAAACAAGGAUCGAACCUGCAACACAUAUUGUCCGAAGAGAAUAAACAAUUUGCAGAAAAUAAAGAUAAAAUUAUAGAAUUUAGAGAUAAAAUUAUACGCCAUGCCGAUAACCUUAUUAUAAAUUUGGAUCUAUUAAGAAAACCAAGAGAGUAUCGUAUUAAGAAGGAACUCGAUUCGGUUCGGCAAAGAAAAAUUACACUAGAGAAGAGGAAGACCCAACUAGAUCGAACACUGGGUUCCUCAUCUGCCGCGUAUAUUUUAGGUACCAGUACUGCGUUAGAUAAAACAAUGUCAUAUAACAUUGGGACAAACGUUGGACAAAGAAAAUAUGAAUUGGGGAAGUGGAGGACCCCACUGGAUCUAUCACGUGGUUCUUCGUCUGUCUCUGAUAUAUUUGGUACCGGUAGUUUGAUAGAUAAAACAAUGUCAGAUAAAACUGUCAGUCAGGCAGAACUUAAACAUAGAACAUUCACACCAGGGACACUUUUAAAUCAAUCCUUGAGUGAUAUUUUUGGAUAUGUCGUUCCGAAUAUUGAAAUUGCCAACACUUACCACACCGAGUUCAAUCGCACUAUAAAAUUCAUUAAAUGUAAUUAUAAUUUUGCGUUUAUGGGGAAUUCUUUUGGUGAUGUUUUACAAAAAGUAACUUUAAAGAGAGACAGAAUCCAGUGCAUUAAAUCAAAAAUAACCUUCUCAAUAUUUGACAUGGCUAUGAUGAAUAAUAGAGAUUUACUCAUAUCAUCAAGAAAAACAAAUUUACAGCUGUAUACCACAGAUAAUCAAUCUACGGCAUUUGGGAUGGUUUCUCCCUUGUAUACGUUAGGUGUUCAUGUAAACAAACAAAACGAAAUAUUUCUGGGCUUAAGUGAAUCGGACCGCAAUACAUUUAGUAAGGACACUGUAAGAAGAGUUGUAUUAAUGGAUCAUAACGGGGAUAUUAAACAAUGUUUCGAGUAUGACAGAUAUAAUCAAAGACUGUUUACAUGGCCACGCAGAAUCUGCACUAACGACAAAUACAUCUUUGUUGUAGAUAUCUUACACGAUGGAACAGGGAGAGAGGUCAAUGAGUUCUCGAGUACUUGUAUAUUACUCGGUAGCACCGAGUAUUAA